AUGCAACAUGUCCGCCGCCGGCUUGUAGCGGGCCCCCCGAAAUCUGCGCGCAUUGUAGCCGGAGGGGGGCAACCUUGCAUUCCGUUCGUACCCCAUUGUGUGCAUUGUGUCUCACCGACCAGACACGGGACCACGAGCGCCGCCGUCCUCGUCCUUUUUUUAUGUUUUUCUCCCUUCCCCCCUAUUACGGUGUUGCAAAAGGUUCUUCGCGGCGGGCGGAAAGAACGGAGGAAGGGAAAAAGGCACGCCGCCGACAAGGCGGCAGAGAGCGGGGAGAGGCGAGAGAGCGCGCCGAGAAACAAGCCGAGUGCACGGAACGGCGGGACGUUCAUUAUGUGGCGUUCUCUUCUUGCACCCCACUGGUUAAAGUGUCUGCCCGAAGAGUUUCCCCCCGCCGACUCGAAAACAAGUCGGAUGGGCGCUGCCCCGAGCUGCGCCCGAGCCCGCGAACGAAACGGUUCGGAACGCCAAGAAAAGGCCAUCCAAGGAUUUGAGAGGCACAAAGCCGCGGUCGAAACAACGCCGGAUUACUGUAGUUUUAAUAUUAGAACGGAGAUUCCGGAUUAG